CUUCCCACCUUGUUGUUAAUUAGGUAAUCGGUUUUUGAGGUUUUGAGUGGAUGAUAUGAGGAAACACUAGUCUAGAGGUUGAUCAAAGCUAAAAGCAGGUACUUCGGGGAACUAAUCCUCCCCCUAGCUUAGGGAUACUAUGAAUGUAUAUAUACUUAGGGUUAUCGAAUGUGGUGAGUGAGCUCUUUUCCGUGGGUCUUCGUCGUUAUCCACACGCCUCCGAGUACGCCUCCCCUAAACCCAUGUUUCAAUCACCUCGAUCUAUGCUAUCGUAUAUGGGGCUUUAAGCUUAUGGCUUAUUUCAAUGGACACUAUCCACCAUCCACACCGAGGUUUUAUCCCGGGUUCCAUCUAGGAAGGCUACAUAUAGCAGGGGUUCAGUCGUCUCGACCACUAUAGGCCCCCCUUUCACACAUCUAACCUAAACUCGCCAACUGGCGCAUACCUGUCUAACCCUAGAACUCCUUACCUAGCAUGGUAGCAUAAAGUAGGCUAAGAGGGAGGAUUAGGGAGACUUACCCAAGCGUCAUCAUUUAGGAAAGAAUGACAUUAAAAAUUAACUAGACAAACACAUUCAUUCAUUCAAAUCCUAAAAUAUCCAUACAUACAUAAUAAAUCCUAAAAUUAGGGGUUGGGGUUUCGAACCCCUAGUACCUUAGAGGACUACUCCAUAAAGGAGGGAAGAAGAUACAUGGUAGAAAUAGAAGAAGACUUGGGGUAGAAGAUGCCUCCUUGCUCCUAGCUCCUCAUUCUCUUCUUCUCCCUUCAGCUUCUCUCUCUUAGCUCUCUCUAGAACAAGAAAUUUCACCCAAAAUCAACUCACUUAAAAAGGGGGAAGGGGUCUUUUAUUUAUAGGCAACUUGGCUUCGGGGAAGUUCGCGGCCUGAGGCAGGGAGAUUGGGUCGUGAUCUUUGGUCACUGGGCCAUGAUCUUAAAACGUUGUCGUUGAGGCCUUAAGGAUGGGGGAUAUCGUGACUUGACUUCGUGGUUGGGAUCCUUGAGUCGCGGCCAUGAUCUUCCUCACAGGCAUUUUGCACGUUAGUCGCGGUUCUACUGGGAAAAGUCUCUGCUAAUCCAGGGCUCCUUCCUUGCGAAGUUCACGCCCUGGGGCUCCAAGAUCGCGGUCUUGAUCUUUGGUUUCUGUGCUUCGAUCUUCAGCGAGACUUCACGACUGAGAUCUCGGCGGUGAUCUUUGGCUUCUAGUCCACGAUCUUUGAUCCUUGCCCCUUUUCUACACUUGUGACCUUGUUUUGUACCUAAUUAGCACAUAUUGACUAAUGCACCCUAUAAUCACAUUGAAAUCAAAUAAGAACAAAAUAGGAAUGUAUUUGACAAUGUUUAAACGCUUAAGUACAUGAAUUGGCACAAAACAUACCCUAAGAUGGAGGGUAAAUAACACCGAUUUUGGUGCGUUAUCAAACUCCCCCACACUUAGGCACUUGCUUGUCCCCAAGCAAACCUACUCAAACCUAAUGCAAUAUGGUAGACGAAUCAACGAGGCAUGCAUGCUAGUACUUCAUUGCAUAGAUAAGAGUAUAUGGGGAUGCAAAGCAAUUAAAAUCAGGAUUUUACCUAAAAUCGAAACUGGGGUAAAAUCGGAAUCAUAAAAUAGAAUCUUAAAAUCGUAGGAUUUUAAGUACCAUAUUGAACAUAACAUAUAAUAAUAUUAAUAAGAUAAAUCAUUAAUAACACAAAGACACAUAAUAUUUAAAAUGAUAAUUCUCAAGAUUUUUUUACGGGAGAUAAUUCUCAAGAUUAAUGUUCCAAAAUCACUUUUUUAAUUGUUAUUUAAUGCGCAACUCAAAAUAAUUCAUGAUGAAGGGAUAUAGCUCAUGGAGUUUGACUCUUGUUUUCAUGUUGUGUCUAGGUAGUUUAACUCAAAGUAAUAUUCCGACAUCGUCUACUAAGUAUGCUUUAAAACUAAAAUAAUUGAACUCCAAUAAAAUAAGUAAUGCUAGUGGCUUGAUACAAAUAUAUUAAUUAAUUAAUUAAUAAUGAUGUUAAUUUUCACAUACUUUCAAUAUUAGGACAAUUAUUUUACCAAUAAGUUAAAUGGGGCGAAGGGAAAGGGAUAAACCGAGCCCACUAAUUUGAUUAUUUUUUAUUAUUUUAAAAAGUUUUUUAGUAGAAAAAUAUCUGAUAAGAUUCCCGUCAUUACCCUUUCUGCCGAAAUAUUUAUGCUUCUUUUAAAUUGGCUUAAACCACCUAUUUUGUUCUCAUACGAUCAAAAUCCCGUUUUUGGUACGAUUUUACGAAUUUAACGAUUUUAAUCCCAAUUUUAAGGUCCACCGAUUUUAUAGUAAAACCAAGAUCGGAAUCCCUAAGGAAAAUCCUAAAAUCCUACGAUUUUACGAUCAAAAUCUCGAUUUUGACUGCAUUGUGGGGAUGAAUGAAUGCUACUACCAUCCUAUUGUGCAAGCACAAUCUCUCGUGUGAGGACCAUAUCUACAACCUUAGGCCAAUCAUUCAAAAUGUGAUUCGGGGGAUUUUCCGACAACAAACGACUAAUAGAACCAUAAGCAGUGCUUUUAUUCUUUCUUUUGAUGUAGGAGUUGUCAUUUUUCGGUCUCCUUUUUCUCCGUUCAUGCACAUUGUACCGAACUCUUGCAAUUUAUUUCAUUGCAUAAUAUCAUCUCUCCCACGUGACCAAGAGUGGAUGAAUCAUAGCCUUCCCUUUCAAGGUCACAUGUGGGGAAAUUGAUGGUCGGAUUUGUCUUAGCCCGAGCACCACGUCCCAGCAUGCACUCCACAUUGGGUUGCCGCACAUGUUGGUUACAAACGAGAGUUACGAGGUCUCAUGAAUUGCUAAAAGGUACCUUCGGUCCUUAUCAUACGAUUUCGUGAGGAGGAGAGGUGUUUGGGGGAUAGUAAGUAGUAAGAGAUGAUCGGGACGCAAUAAAGCUAUCCGAACCCCAAACACAUCCUCGACGGGCACUCCGAGCCAAGAGAACAAUCCUUUGACAGUUGAACUCAAUUCUUUGCCCGGUUGCCACUCACGUGAGAACCUCUUUUCUAUUUUUAAGCACAAAUUGAAAAAGUUCCUAGUUCACAUAAAAGGAAAGAAUCCCGCACACAAUGCCUUCCUAAGAUAGCAACACCAUCGACUCACACUAGAGGAGGAGAGUAGUAAAAUCCCUCACGUACCGAUACUCAAACCAUGCAACUAUCACCUAAAAACUCAAAUUUGAAAAAAAAAAUUUGGAUGUGCAUUCAAGGCUCUAAAAACACUAAUAAUGCACCAUUCAUAACCACAACAAAGGCAUAAUCACUAGCAUACACUCCCAUAAUCAUUCAUCAUCAUCUUACAUUCAAAAACAGGCAAGGAUACUAGCAAUAAACGGUUGAACCAAUCAUAAUAAACAUUCAAACAUGCACAAACAUCCCCCCAAACUUGAGCAACACAUUGUCCUCAAUGUGGGAGUUCGCCAAGAAAAGAUCAUGAAUGUUACGAAUAGUAGUUAUAGGUACGAUAAAUAUAUAUAUAUAUAUAAUAAGUACUACUACUACUAGCGAUAGAAUAUAUAAGGUAAAAAAGGUAAAAUGAAAAUAAAGUGAUAAUAAAACAUUGUUUUAAUUUAAAUAAAGAAAAGAAAAAUAAAAGAUAGAACUUAGGCCCUGGAUGCCUAGAAUUCAUUCCUCAUCGAAGGGUCCUUCUUCUUCAUCAUGGGAAAGUGCGGAAGGGGAGGAGCGGUUGAAUGUGCACGGUACAUCUUCGAACGGAAUGUUCAUCUUCUCCAUGAUCACGUGGAAUGUGGAUGCACACCAUGAUGUGAAGCCGUGCUUCCUUCUCCCUUCGUUGGUUGUGAAGGAUAACCUCUAUCAUAGCCUCAAUUCUAUGAUCUCUUGCAUUGUUGCUCGGUGGGUUAACCGAUUGAAAAGUGGGAAUAGGCACCUCUCCUCCUUCAUGCACGCUCUCCUCUUGGUCUUCCUCGGUUGUCAAUCCUCUUCGGUCCCUUGCCCUCCUAGCUUCCAGAAGACGAAAUACGGUUCCUCCCAUGUCCAAUGUAUUGGUGGUUGGAAAAUGGAAUCCCCGCACACCCCAAGUGCCAUCAUUGCUCAUGUGUAGAACCUUAAGUUUCAAAUUCAAGAUAUCAAAGGAUAUAGGAACGGUCCUACGAUCCAAUUGAAAUUGUAAAGCUCCAAAGUCGACUUGGAAAUAUUUGGCAAGUCGGGUGACGUACACUCCUUGGAGUGCGGCAAGUUGGUGAUCCACUCGUAACGCUUGAAAAUAGAUAAGAUUGAUAGACCGAGAUGAAGAGAUUGUGGGAGGCGCAUGAUAUGAAAUAGGGUGAUGUCUCGGGUGGUGAGAUUGCCCUUGCUCCGUUUCUUUCCUCCCACAGGCCUAGCAAUUACGUGGUGGAUGAGCCGCCACUCCGGUUGCACCUCACUGGAUUUUGAUAGUCUCACGUCCCAUUGUCGGCUCUCGGGUUUCUUGACUUCAGACUCAUAAAAGGCCUUGAAACAAGGGAAGUCGAAUUCCCUUGUCAAGGUGGAAAAAACAUUAGGUGAAGCAAUGAAGCCCACCGGGAAGAUGUCCAUUUCUCUAGUGAACUCCUGGAUUGGCAUGUGACGGUACUACCCUCCGAGUUAAAACUGAAUGUUAUCUCAAGGUCGGCGGCACCCCUCAUGUCUCGAAUAGUGAGCGUACUAAUAAACUCAAGAACAAACACCUGAUAUAUGUGUUCUUGAAUAGAGAGCAACUUGAGCCAUUCCAAUUUCUGUACUUUAGAGCGGAUUGCAUCUUCAAUUCCAAGUUGGGCGAAAAGAAUCCAAUCGAGACAAGUACUUUCACCUAAGGGUAGCCCUUGAAGCCACAAAACUUUGCUCUUGAAUUACUCGGGUACAUGCUCUAAAAAGUAGUGAGUGAUAUGUUAUACACCACCUUUUUCAUAUUGAGGAACUACCCUUGAUUGAUGUUCAAGUUGUGAUGGUGGAUGAGUUUCUUCUACAACCACUUCCUUUGACUUGGACUUCCUUGUCUUCUUCUUUUGACCUUGGCGAGGACGAGAUAAUCGAUAGGAUGAGCUCUCACCAUAAGUCAUGCCUUUAAUCUUGUAUAUUAUCCUUCAAAACAAGUGGUACACAUAUGCAUAAAUCAUCAACCCAAACAUCAAACAUUAAUUGGGUAGAAUACAAUAAGGUAUCAUGAAAUUUAUAAAUUUCCCCCACACUUGAAUGUGACUAAGAACUUGACAAAAGAGGGAAAUUGGAUAGAGAAAUAUCUCCAAAAUAGUAAGAAGGAUAUCCCCAAAUUUAUGUAGGAACAAUCAAUGACCAACACCCUAUGCAAUGAAAUUGAUGCUUAAUCCAAAGUGAUGCAAAUAAUGAACUCUAUGUGGUUGGGGACUUUUCACCAAUACUUGGUGGGUGGUAGUUGAAGAUGACAUAAAUGCAUGGACACAACCCACCAAGGCAUCAAAAGUGACAUAGAGGGUUCAUUAAAGAAAAGAAAAACAAUCUCAUGCCAUCAAGAUGUCAUUCCAAGUAGAAAAUGGGCAUUAAAGACUCUAAGCAAUCAACACAUGUUGGGCAAGACAAGGCAAUUAAAUAGAGUCAAACAAGGAAAAGUGUACCUUAUAUUGCUAGGGGACAUGGUGGGAAUCCAAAAUCAAUAGUAAAUCCUUCUCAAAAGUUGUUGAAAGAUGAGAUUAAAGAAGGUGGGUCCAAAAAGUCAAGAGAAUUGGAGAGUAAUGACAUAUAGAUUUAGAUAAAGUUGAAAAAGUGAAUGUACUUAGAUCUAAAGAGGCUGCCAAUGCUUAAAUAGAGACGGGCAAGAUCGCGGGCUGGGCACCCAAGAUCGCGGCCGUGAUCUUUGCCUUGUUCAGGAAAACUCAUUUUCUCCACGUCUCUUAGUUCAAGCAUUCAUCCAAACAUUCAAUCAAACAUCCAAAAGAAAGGCUAAGUCUUAUC